AAGUUUUUAGUAGCGCGCAACAUUUGCUGUCGUACACAACUCGAAGCUUCCAAGCAAUAGAUUUUUUAAGCGCAGAAAUUUCGCAUAUUGCAUAAAAAAAUACCCAAGUAAAACCCAUUUCACAGUGUAAAUUUUUGUGCAAUAAUUUUAAUACUUUUGUGAUCGAAAACAAGUGUUCGAAAAAUGAAACUGUUCAUUACGCUGGUGAUUGCAGCCUGUUUCGCUUGCGCAUGCGCUGAUGUCUCGCACAUUUUGCACCAGUACGGCCAUGAAACCACUCCACAGCCAGGACCACCAAACCCCUAUGUCUUCAGCUACCAAGCUGGACGUGCGCCUGGCCAUGUAGAUCGCCAGCACACUGAAGUUUCUGAUGGCUCGGGCGUUGUGCGUGGGGCCUUCUCCUACGUCGAUCCCAAGAAUCAGCUGCGCACUGUGCAGUACGUAGCCGACAAGAACGGUUUCCAUCCGCAACUGAGCCACGAACAGGAGGACACUGAAGCAGUGAAGCAGGCAAAACAAAAGCAUUUCUCAUUGUACAAUCGCAUUGCGCAAGAACAUGCCGCCGAGGGGGGUCAGGCCGGGCUUCAUAACGCAUACGCUGCCGGCCCGCGGAACACUGAGGCUGUUGCCUACGCCACACACAAGCAUCUUAGUGAAUAUGAGCGCAUAGCUGCUGAACACGCACGCAUGCGUGCCGAGCUCGAGGCACAGCGCUUGAGUAAUCCCCAGGAUGAUGGCCAGUAUCACGGCGAGGAGGAGCAAUACCAACAUUACUAAUUUGUGUAAAUUGCUUGUUCAGUCAUGAUUACACCUAACUUCUCCGUAGUAAAUUUCCUUAGCAGUGUUUUUUGUUACUUUUGUACCUCAAUAAUUGCAAUGUAAAUAUAUUAGAGAAUAACUUAAAAUCGAUUUGGUUGCCAAUAAAAGUUUAUUGUUCCGCACCUGA